AGUUUUGUUUUUAAAUUCGGUACGAUUGGAUUUGCAGGAAUGGCACAGCAAUUUGGAUAUUCUCUUGAAGAUGCAAUUGCUCGGGCAGGAUUUGGAAAAUUUAAUUUUAUUCUCAUUGGUUUAUCUGGGUGUGAUUUGGAUCUUACAAAUUUUCAAAAAGGAUUAUUGGGGUCAAUUAGUUACAUUGGAAUAAUUUUAUCAUCACAUUUUUGGGGCUUUAUGGCUGAUACUCGAGGUCGAAAGAAGAUUAUUGCGCCUGCAUUGUGCUUUUCUUUUCUUUUCACUGUUAUAUCAACUUUUGCAACGUCAUUCUGGUUUAUACUUAUUUUCCGAUUCUUAAGUGGAUUUUGUAUCUGCGCGCCUCAAAGCAUUACUUAUGCAUAUUUGGGAGAGUUUCAUUCAGUUAAAAAUCGAGCUAGAGUUCUACUGAUUGCAUCCUUUCUUUAUGGAUUCUUUGGAUUAUUAAGUCCUCUUAAUGCUUUCAUUUUUAUAAAUCAAGUAAAUUGGUCAAUCUAUAUUCCACUCUUAGACAUAAAUUAUGGAACAUGGAGAUUAUAUCUCCUUAUGUGUGGAGUUCCAAGUGUGAUUUCAGCAAUUGCUUUAAUGAUUUUAAUUCCUGAAUCUCCAAAAUAUACAUACUCACAAGGCGACGAAGCCCGAACAAUGAAGAUUAUUCAGAAAAUUUACAAAUUUAAUACAGGCAAGCCAAUUGAGGAUUUUGAAGUCAAAACUAUUGAAAAAGAUUCUGAAUUUUCAAGAGGCAAUGAAAAUAGAUCUAAAGGAUUCUUUAAAUUCAUUUGGUACCAAACAGUUCCUCUAUUCAAACAUCCACAUCUUAAAAAUACAUUAACAGCAUGCUAUUUGCAAUUUGGACUGUGUGUAGCUAGCAAUGGCUUUUACACGUUCUUUCCUGAGAUACUUAAUAAAGUUUCUAUUUAUUUGAACAACAAUCCAUCACAAACAAACACGGUCUGUGAAGUUCUUGGAAAUUUUGAUAAAGAUGCAAAUAUAAGCUCAAUUGUUGAUAAUUGUAUUAGCACAUUGGAAGCUAGUACUCUUAUUAAUGUCACACUGUUGACAUCAUUAUUUAGCAUAUUGUGGCUGGUUACUUCACUAAUUAUCAAUAGAACAGGAAAGCUUGUCAUUAUUGCAACAAUUUUGUUUGCUGGUGGGAUAUCAAGCAUAUUGAUUAUGUUCAUAGAAUAUCCAAGAGUAUCAAUUUACCUUUAUUUCCUAUUAUUGAUUGCAAAUGUCAACAUGAGUAUCGUUAAUGCAUCAACAGUAGAAUUAUAUCCAACAACUUUAAGAGCAAUGGCUGUUUCAAUAUCAUUAAUGUUUGGACGUAUCGGAAGUUUUAGUGGAUCCAAUUUUGUUGGAUUAAUGAUCAAAAAUUAUUGCUUUUAUACAUGGUUAUUACCUGCUGUAUUAUCCAUAUCCGGUGGUCUGUUGGCAUUUACAAUACCUAAUAUUAAUAAAAGAAUUAAGUGAUGAUUUUGAUGAUUAAAAUUUACAAAAAUAGCACGUGAAAAAUAUUAAUUAAUUAAACUAUUAAGUGUCUCACAUUAGCCAUUCAAUAUUUUUCAUGCACUGCUUAUUAGAUGCUAAAUAUAAGAAAAUAUGAUAAUUAAGAUUUAAAUAUGGGCAUGAUAAUAAACUAUAAAAUGUCUUUUUUUUAUAUCCAUUCAAAAUGAUUUUUUAAGCCACUAAUUGCGAAUUAAUUAAUUCCUUUAUUUUUGAAAACUUAUUGCUGCAUUUAAUGUCGCGUAAAUACUUUUUCAUCAAUUCUUUAUCACAAAUAUUGCCAAAAUAAAUUGAAUUUGCGUAGUCAGUUAUUUCAAAUAACAUCAUUAAGGCAUUAUACAAAAGUCUGUCCAAAAACUGUGUGGUUCAUUCCAAAACAAAGUUGGUUGAUUUUAAAUACUCUAUGUUGCCAUGAAUAAAUUUACUAACAUUUUUUUUAAAAGCAUUUUGAAGCUUUUGUUGCUGAUUGGCAUAAUUAACUUGAUGAUAUUCAGGUGAAGCUUAAAAUAAAAAUUUCUUCUUCUUUUUCUUCUUUUCUGUUGUUUCUGGCUUUAUUUCACUGGUAUCCAAGUCCUGAUUCAGGGACAAAAUACAGUAAGUGCUGAGAAUAAUUAGGAUUUACAAUCAACUUACUUUAUCGGCAUCGUUUAGCUUCUUGUUCUUCAUUUUCUUUGCUUCCUUCAGUUUCUUUUUCUCUUUUUUAGAUAAUUUUGUUGGAGUUUGAUUCAAAUAUUCCUGAUCAAGUUUAGCUGUAUGGCUUUCCAUUCGUUGCUUAAUGC